AUGUCAGCAGGUCCAAUCAUCAAACAAGCAGAUCCAAUGUCAAAGCCAGCGAGACUACAGGUGGACCCUGAUACUAUACCUGACGAUGAUAAACCACCUCAACUGGGGAACACAUUCAAUAUAUGGUAUCUUAAAUGGUCAGGAGGAGAUUCAUCAUCACGUUCAUACACUAAACUGAAGUUCAAAGUAAAUAUAGCGAAAGAUACAGGUUAUACACGAGCAACUAGACCUGCUCCAAUUUGUUUAUUUUUCAGUCGUGGAUGUUGUUAUCGAGGAAAGAAAUGUCCGUAUUUCCAUCGUUUGCCAUUGGAGACUGAUUCAUUCCCCAGGACGCAAGAUUGUUUCGGAAGGGAUAAAACAGCUGAUUAUAGAGAUGAUAUGGAUGGAGUUGGAUCGUUUAAUAAAGUUAAUAGAACAUUGUAUGUAGGUGGUCUACAUAUGAAACCAGGAAUCGAGGAAAUAAUAUCAAAGUAUUUUCUGGAGUUUGGGGAAAUUGAAAAAGUCAAAGUAUUGGGUAAUAAAUCUUGUGCAUUCGUUACGAUGAGGUUAGAAAGUCAAGCUCAAUUUGUUAAAGAAGCAAUGCAGAAUCAAUCAUUAGGAGGAAACGAGGUCUUGUAUAUACGAUGGGCAAGUGAAGAUCCUAAUCCUCAAGCUCAAAGGGCUGAGAAAAGAAGAUUAGAAGAGAUCGCAUUAAGUACUGUAAAGAAUUUACUUAAGGAAAGUGACGUAGAAAGUAGCGUGUCUAAGAAACGAAAGGUCACUAUUAUAGAGCCAGAAGAAGAGUCAGAACCUGAGAAGCUUGAGCAUCAGGUAAAGCAGAUCCAGACAUACGCGGAUGCUCCAAUUGAGAAGAAUCGAAAUUAUAUAUUUAGCGAUUCUACUUUGAAGGAAUUGGCCAAAUUGAAAGGAAAAUUAAUAAUACAGAGCCUGGCAACCAAAGAAAACAGUACAAGCACACUAGCUAGUGUUUUCGGAGGAUACACUUCAAGUGAUGAAGAUAACUAG